AUGGUGAGAGGAAAGAUCGAAAUCAAGAGAAUCGAGAACCUAACGAGCAGGCAAGUAACGUUCUCCAAGCGUAGGAAAGGUCUCUUGAAGAAGGCUCAUGAGCUUUCAGUUCUAUGCGAUGCUCAAGUCGCGGCUAUUGUCUUUUCUCAGAAAGGCAAAUUAUACGAUUACACUAGCUCCGACAUGCAGAAGAUGGUGGAACGAUGUGAGAUACAUAGAAGCGAAUAUUUUCAUUCAGAGAGACUCCAAAAAGAGCAACAUGUGCGGGAUCUCAAGAAUGAAAUCACGAUUAUGGUGAACUCGAUUGAACUUCUUCAACUCGAUAUUAUGCAUCUUAGGAGGCUAAUGGGACAAGAUUUAGAUUCUUGUUCGGUGGAGGAGCUCAAAGAGAUGACUAUUCAAAUUGAGAAAGGCCUCACUAUUGUUAGAUCAAGGAAGGCUAAGUUAAAUGAAGAUGAGGUGGGGAGAUUAAAAGCAGAGAUUGCAGGAAAGAGAGAGCUGUUGAACGACAGAACCAGGCUACACGAAAUGUUUGAAGAAAAGCCCUUGUGGAUGCAGUCAAGGAACAUAGAGAGUGAGAAGAAUGCAGCUUCCUCUGCUUGUGAAAACAUGAACAUAUCCAAUGUCGAAACUGAUUUGUUCUUAGGAUUGCCUAGAAGCCGAGUGUAA